UCACUGGCAGGAUUAAGGUGGUCAAUGCUAAGAUACAAGAUAUACAGUCCACGACCAGUCAGGCAGCCGGAGCCCGGAGAUGAAGACGAUCACUGAAAGAAAGAUCAGUCUGGAGGUGACAUUUUUUUUUCUUUAGAUGCAGCUUCCAGAUGCAUCCAACAAAUUCAGCCAAACCAAGGUAAAGCAAAGCAAGCACUCAACAAAUAUAAUUACACACUAAGCAAAACUAAAAAAAACUUUAGAGGUGGAUCAUGGAUCUGAAAUCAUGACAUGUAGUGCCUACUUUAUAAACCACUUAGAAACCUGAAGAAUUAGGACAGGUCAGGUCAAGGAUGUAAGCUAAGCAACAGUAUUAAACUUGAGCUGCAGAGUCAAACCCGGAGUGCCUUCUCUCUCUCUUUUCCUUCUCACUCUCUCUACCCUCCCUCUAGCUCAGUAGCUCCUUUCUCUCUCUCUCUCUCAACACACACUUCUUCCUGCAAGGGAACAAGAAAGAGCAAGCAAGAUUGAAGAAGGACGCUCUGAAUCCCUGAUCAUGACACCAAGAUGCCGGCCGGCGACAUGGCGAGCAGAGCAUCGGCGGUGCUGCUAGUGACGGCGCUGUGCGCGGCCGCGCUGUCGCGGUCCAGGAUCUUCGGCGCCGCCGCGCAGACGCAGCCGUGUGGCGCCGGCGACCUCGCCGCGUUGCGCGGGUUCUCGGCGGGUCUCGACGCCGGGGUCGACGGCUGGCCGACCGCCGCCAACGCGUCGGACGACGCGUGCUGCGACUGGCCCGGGGUGACGUGCGGCGAGGCGGCGGCUGUCGUCGGGCUGGCGCUGCCCAACCGGACGCUGCGGGGCCAGGUGGCCGCGUCGCUCGCCGGCCUCGUCGCGCUCCGGGUGCUCGACCUUUCCGGCAACGCGCUGCGCGGCGCGCUGCCCGCGGGGCUGCUCCGGCUCCGCAGCCUCGAGGUGCUCGACGUCAGCGCCAACGCGUUCGCCGGCGGGCUGCUGGCGGCCGCGGCCGGCGCGAUCGACCUCCCGGCGGCACGCGUGUUCAACGUUUCGUACAACGCGUUCAACGGCACCCACCCCGUGCUCCCCGGCGCGCGCAACCUGUCCGCGUACGACGUAUCGGGCAACGCCUUCGGGGGGCCCGUCCACGCCGCCGCCCUGUGCGCCGAGUCUCCGGCGCUGCGCGUUUUGCGGCUCUCCUUGAACAGGCUGUCCGGCGCCUUCCCUGCCGGGUUCGGGCAAUGCCGGUCGCUCAUCGAGCUCUCCCUCGACGGCAACGGCAUCCACGGCGCGCUCCCGGACGAUCUCUUCGGCGUCACGUCGCUGCAGUUCCUCAGCCUCCACACCAACUCUAUCUCCGGCGGACUGUCGCCUCGCCUGCGCAACCUCAGCAGACUCGUCCGCCUCGACUUUUCCUUCAACGCCUUCUCCGGGCCGCUACCCGACGUGUUCGACGCGCUCGCCGGCCUCCAGGAGCUCUCGGCGCCCAGCAACCAGCUCUCCGGGGAGCUCCCCGCCACGAUCUCGCGCUGCCGCUUGCUCCGAGUGCUCAACCUCCGGAACAACUCGUUCGUCGGGGACAUCGGCCUCGACUUCCGCGCGCUCAGGGGCCUGGUGUACCUCGAUCUCGGCGCCAACGGCUUCACGGGGCCCAUCCCGGCGAGCCUUCCCGAGUGCAGGGGCAUGGCCGCGCUCAACCUGGGCCGGAACAAACUCACCGGCGAGAUACCGGCGUCGUUCGCCAACUUCUCCGCGCUGUCCUUCCUCUCGCUCACCGGCAACAGCUUCUCCAACGUCUCGUCGGCGCUGCAGACGCUGCAGGGCCUCCCUAACCUGACCAGCCUGGUGCUCACCAGGAACUUCCACGGCGGCGAGGAGAUGCCGUCGGACGACGCCGGCAUCGCGGGUUUCCCAAGCAUCCAGGUUCUGGUCAUUGCUAACUGCGAGCUUCACGGGACAAUUCCGUCGUGGAUCGCCGGCCUCCGGAAACUGAGAGUGCUGGACCUGUCAUGGAACCGGCUCGCCGGCCCGAUCCCACCAUGGCUGGGGCAAUUCGACCGCCUCUUCUACCUCGACAUAUCGAACAAUUCCCUGCAGGGGGAGAUACCGGGUAGCUUGGCGCAGAUGCCAGGGCUGGUCGCCGCCGGUGCUCAUGGUGACGGCGGCGACGACGAGGCGCAGGUGCAGGACUUCCCGUUCUUCAUGCGCCGGAACACGUCGGUGCAGGGGCGGCAGUAUAAUCAGGUGGACAGCUUCCCGCCUUCGCUGGUCCUGGGACACAACAACCUCACCGGCGGCGUGCCGGCCGCGCUGGGGGCAUUGACCAGGGUGCACAUCGUUGACCUGAGCUGGAACAGGCUGUCGGGACCCAUCCCACCGGACCUGUCGGGGAUGACGAGCCUCGAGUCGCUGGACAUGUCCAACAACGCGCUCUCCGGCGUGAUCCCGGCGUCGCUGACGCAGCUCAGCUUCCUCUCCCACUUCGACGUCUCGUUCAACAACCUCUCCGGCGAGGUCCCCGUGGGCGGGCAGUUCUCCACGUUCUCGCGGGGGGACUUCCAGGGGAACCCGCUGCUGUGCGGCAUCCACGUGGCGCGGUGCACGCGGAAGGACGAGCCGCCGCGCACGGUCGACGGCGGCGGGGGAGGCAAGCAGGAGCGGAGCGCCGGCACCGGCGUCGCGGCGGCGAUCGGCGUCGCGACGGCGCUGCUCGUCGCCGUAGCCGCGGCCGUGACGUGGCGCGUGUGGUCAAAGCGGCAGGAGGACAACGCCAGAGUGGCGGCAGACGACGACGACGACGACGACGGCAGCCUCGAGUCGGCGGCGAAGUCCACGCUGGUACUGCUCUUCCCGGCCGGCGAUGAGGAGGAUAGCGACGAAGGCGAGCGCGCGAUGACGCUGGAGGACGUGAUGAAGGCGACGCGCAACUUCGACGCAUCCUGCAUCGUCGGGUGCGGCGGUUUCGGGAUGGUGUACCGCGCGACGCUGGCGGACGGGAGCGAGGUGGCGGUGAAGCGGCUGUCCGGCGAUUUCUGGCAGAUGGAGCGCGAGUUCCGCGCCGAGGUGGAGACGCUGUCGCGCGUGCGGCACCGGAACCUGGUGCCGCUGCAGGGCUACUGCCGUGCGGGCAAGGACCGGCUGCUCAUCUACCCGUACAUGGAGAACGGCAGCCUUGACCACUGGCUCCACGAGCGAGGCGGCGGCGCGCUGGCGUGGCCGGCCCGGCUGGGCAUCGCACGCGGCGCGGCGCGCGGGCUGGCGCACCUGCACGCGUCGUCGGAGCCGCGCGUCCUGCACCGGGACAUCAAGUCGAGCAACAUCCUCCUGGACGCGCGGCUGGAGCCCAAGCUGGCGGACUUCGGGCUGGCCAGGCUGGUGCUCCCGACGGACACGCACGUGACGACGGACCUGGUGGGCACGCUGGGGUACAUCCCGCCGGAGUACGGGAGCUCGUCGGUGGCCACCUACCGCGGGGACGUGUACAGCCUCGGCGUGGUGCUGCUGGAGCUCGUGACGGGGCGGCGGCCGGUGGACAUGGCGCGGCCAGUCGGCGGCGGCCGGGACGUGACGUCGUGGGCGGUGCGGAUGCGGCGCGAGGCCAGGGGCGACGAGGUGAUCGACGCCAGCGUCGACGAGAGGAAGCACCGGGAGGAGGCGGCGAUGGUGCUGGACGUGGCGUGCGCCUGCGUCAACGAUAACCCCAAGUCGCGGCCGACGGCGCGGCAGGUGGUCGAGUGGCUCGAAGCCAUCGCCGCCUCCGCCUCGCUGGCGCCGCGGGUGACUGACACAGUGCACACCGUGAAUACUUGUAACUGGAGGUGAAUGUGUAAAAUGAAAUUGGAGAUGUGCACUUGUAAAACAGGUUUACAUUGAUCAUUUAACCGUAUAAUCGUACAUACAGAGUAACUGCUGACACUGUAAACAACAAAUAAGAACAUCUCCAAGUGAUGCCUCUUUGCUACUA